AAGAGGAGGAUGUUCAUAAAAACGGGCACCAAGAAUAUUUUCUUCUUGAAAUCCGCGGGGUGCGAAUCGAUUGAUGUGAUGUAGACAUGACCUUUGGGCAGAGUUGCAAGAAGGGGUUCGAGAGAUUUCGGCGCGGGUGCAAAAGGCUUUGGGAGUUUGGAGGAAGCGGAUGACGGUGCAGACGGAAUUUUGGACUUGGGAGCGCGAUUGAAGGCGCGUACCUUUGAUUUGGGAGCCAUCUUGGACUCCCAGGCGAUAAUGACAGGUAGUUAGACUUGAGGGUCGUCGUCGUCCGACUUUGGUCGUAGAAGCCGUCGCCGUCUACUCUACUCGAGUUCUACUUGAGUAUGUGGCGUCCACAAAUGUGGCGCCGGCCGGUGGACGAGAAGUCUAAACCCGAUAUUUUUUUGGUUCCCCCCCAAGCUUGAGGGCAUGUCAUCGAUGCGAGGAAGACCUCAGGACGAACACCCAAGUGCUUCUUCUUUCAACCACUAAUGUUUGUUCGCCAGCGAUGAGGGGUAGGAGUAUAAUAAAAGUAAGUGAGCACUAAACUGGAAAACGGUCUCUUCCUAACACUUCUCAGGAGUCAUGUAGUCCAUCGGUAUGCGCAUUCUGUGCGCAUCGACUUGGACGGGCCAGACAGCCAUCGCAUGUUCAGCGCCGAUUUCUUCAGUCAUCACGACCAGCUUCCCGACCGCCUGGCGAAGGAGCCGCCAUUCGAGAAGAAGAUGAACCUUCGAACGCGAGUUUGGGACCUGCGUGGGGCUCUCCUGGCAUUGGGAGGGGCAAACAGCUGGGAAGAGGAAAGGGCAAGGGAAAGACUGGCUCUUGGGGACUGAGUGCAAGUCUUGGGAGUAUAGGUGCUGGAUUAGGAGGAGUAAAACCAGCAAACAGCACUGCUGAGUCGCCCUUCUCGCAACCAAUUGGUGACCUUUUACCACAUGAGCAACGAGCUCGGGAGCUUUUGAAGGAGAAGGUGGCUCCUGCUGCACCCUCGCCACUUCCAGUGCAAGAUCUUUUACCGCACGAACGUCGAGCUCGAGACCUCAUUACGAAACAAUCAGCAAAUGCACAGCAAAGGCCGCUUACAAUUCAUACAGGUGCGGGACCCGAAUACACACGAGCUGGUAGAUUUUCUUUUACGCCUCGGUCUGAUGAUGAAAUCCGGGAUACCGCCAGAAGAGCGAUGCAGACGAGGAGAACGCGGGAAGUGUGGGAAGACAAUUCAUCAGGGCGUGGAGACGGCGCUAGUGGAAACACGUAUAGAAUUCGAAAAAUGGGAUAUGUUAUGGGACAAGGAGAAAGGAUGGACUCGUACUCAUCCCACCAGGAUAGCACGAACUGGGCUCAGGUGCAAAAACGAUACGAACCAAUUUCCACAGAGCAAGAGCCUGAUAGCGAAGAUCCGGUUAGACCCAGGUAUACAACGUUUGAGGAAGGGCGUGCUCAGAGAGUAAAGGACUCGAGGCGGGGACGAUAUACGUCAUUGAGACCAAAUGGAUCAAAGUCCUUAUUUGGGUCAGACCCUGUGGGAGGGGGACGAGCAUCUCACCCAGCUGCUAUCUUUUCAAGACCGAUUGGAAGCCAAAAGAGUCCAGAUCCGCUGUCCCAAAUCAGCCCCACCAAAGGCAUCCGUGCAGAGAAGUCAGAAGAGGAGGUUGCUACUGAAGGGGUGAGUGGACAAGUGUCCCGAGAAUUGACGGAGGAGGAGAAGUGGCAAGCAGAUAUAGAGAAGGCCGCGCACAAAAAAGCAGAUUCCGAGAAGCCAAAAGAAGAAGAGGAGGAGGUGGCCGAAUAUGAAAGGCCAUCAAGACGAAAGAAGAAAUCGCGCAAUACUGAACCCGAGCCUAGCUAUAGCAAGCUACCCAAAGGAAAAGAAAGAGACAAGGCCAAAAGACGACAGAAUUUCGUGGUUGAAGAAGACGAUGAGGCGGUGGAGUUGGCACGGCUAGAGCAACUUGAGCGCGCAGAGUUGAAGAGACAACGAAAACUUGAGAAAGCGGCCAAGAAGCCUGUUCCAAUCAUGCUUCCGGAGUAUAUUUCCGUGUCAAAUCUUGCUAUUGCAUUGAGAGUCAGACAGGAAGAUUUCAUUCGCAAAAUGCAAGAUUUGGGUUUCGAGGACUUUCAUCACGACUUCAUCUUGAAUUCCGAAAAUGCAGGCCUGAUUGCAAUGGAAUACAAUUUUGAGCCCAUCAUUGACCGGGGAGAAUCGGAAGAUUUGAAAGCAGCAGAGAUACCUAAGGACACUUUGGCAUUGCCUCCACGGCCUCCAGUUGUUACGAUUAUGGGCCAUGUUGAUCACGGCAAAACUACGAUACUUGACUACUUGCGUAAAUCAUCUGUUGCGGCAGGCGAGCAUGGCGGAAUCACCCAACAUAUCGGAGCCUUCUCUGUGCCGAUGCCUUCAGGAAAGACUAUUACUUUUCUAGAUACACCCGGUCAUGCCGCAUUUCUGAGUAUGCGUCAGAGAGGUGCCAAUGUGACUGAUAUUGUUAUUUUGGUAGUCGCCGCAGACGAUAGUGUCAAACCCCAAACCAUUGAAGCUAUUAAUCAUGCCAAGGCAGCACAGGUUCCAAUAAUUGUUGCAAUCAACAAGAUUGAUAAACCUGAGUCCGACAUUGAGAAAGUGAAGCUGGAUCUGGCUCGACAUGGUGUUGACGUUGAAGAUUUUGGCGGUGACACUCAGGUCGUUUGUGUCAGUGGCAAGACUGGUCAAGGCAUGGAUGAAUUAGAAGAAGCCGCUGUCGCAUUGUCCGAUAUCAUUGAUAUGCGAGCAGAUAGAGAAUGCUCAGCCGAAGGCUGGGUCAUUGAAGCAAGUAUUAAGUCUGCUGGCAAAUGUGCCACUGUCCUUGUCCGCCAAGGCACAAUGCGCCCUGGUGAUUUUAUCGUUGCCGGCAAUACCUGGGCUAGAAUUCGUUGUCUUCGUAAUGAAGCUGGUAUUGAUAUCGAAGAAGCUGGACCUGGAACCCCAGUGGAAAUUGAUGGAUGGCGCGAGCAACCACUGGCGGGCGACGAGGUUCUCCAAGCACCUAGUGAAGCAAAAGCUAAGAGUGUUGUUGACUACAGACUCGAGAAAAUGGAGCGAGACAAAUUGGCUGAGGAUAUGGAGGCUAUCAAUGAGAACCGCAAAGCCGAGUUCGACAAAAGGGAACGCGAAAAGCUCGAAGCCAAGGCAGCGAAAGAAGGUGUUUAUCUGGAACUACCUGAACAAAAGGUUGGCGGAGCCAAAGACGUGUAUUUCAUUGUCAAAGGGGAUGUCAGCGGUUCCGUUGAAGCAGUUCUUGACAGCAUUGCUACUCUUGGCAAUAAGGAGGUUCAACCCAUGGUUCUUAGAUCUGGAGUAGGCCAACUUAGCGAGUUUGACAUUGAACACGCAGCAGCCGCAAAUGGCCAUGUUAUCAAUUUCAAUACUGACGUGGAGCCUCAUAUUGCCCGUGCCGCGGAGCAAGCCAAGGUCACUAUUAUUGAUCACAAAAUCAUUUACCGUCUGGUCGAUGAUGUCAAAGCAGAGCUUUCCAAAUAUCUCCCGCCUCUUGUAACACAGAGAGUACUUGGUGAGGCAGAAAUAUCCCAAGUUUUCUCUAUCACGGUCAAGGGAAGACAAGUCAAGAACGUUGCUGGGUGCAAAGUCCGAAACGGGACCAUUGGAAAGAACUCCAAGGUUAGAGUGAUGAGGAAUGGCGAGAAGGUGUACGAUGGUAUGUCUUCCUGAUGUUUUUUGAAUGAGGUUCAAGCUAAUAUGUUACAGGUAAUAUUCUGUCUCUCAAGAACGGCAAACGGGACGUGAUGGAUACAAAGAGGGGUACCGAGUGUGGCAUGGCCUUUGAGAACUGGUAUGAUUUCGUAGCUGGAGAUCUUGUGCAAACUUACGAAGAGAAUGAGGAGAAGAGAUAUCUCUGAUUCUCCUAAUUGGCGUGUUUUGGUAAGGACCAUACUGGGAUAUAACGCUGUAUGAGGCUCAGGAUGGGGGUUGUAAGCAUAGAUCAAUGGGAGAAGGGUGUGUAUGAAAGUGCAUUUGGUGGUGGGGGUGCAUCUAAAAGGCGUUGGAUUGUUUUCUCUCAUACUGUAUAGUACCUACGAGCACCUACACUAGAUUAGAUACUCGCACAUACCACUCCAUCUCUAUAC